AUGCCACCACGCAUACCAAUUCUAACCACGUUGCGGAACCCCUCCAAGCUUUUCAGAUCCCAAGUCGCCAACUUAUCCACAACGAAACCAUGUCUUGAGAUCCGCCGAAACGUCCCCUCCAUGACCUCGCAACUCCUCGACAUGGACUCCGCGCCGUCCUCCUCCCCCUCCCCCACCUCCCCUCCCUCCUUCUCGCGAGACCGUCGGGACUUCAACAACCGCGGCGACGCCACGCAGUCGGCCGCGGACAUCUACGACCGGCUGCGGCAGGCGCAGCAGCCGACGAUCUUGGAGGAGAUGCAGCAGAGCAACCAGAACGAGGGGUACUCGCGGCAGAUGACGCGGCGCUGGAAGGUCGGCGACGUGUACGCCCCCCACGACCUCAGCCCCGCCGAGAUGGGCAAGUGGCGCCGCAACCAGGCCCGCCAGAAGGACCGCGUUGACAUGCUGGGGCUGCACCCGCUCGACAUGUACCGAAACUUCUCCGUCAUCUCUGAAUUCGUGACGCCCCACGGCCGGAUAAAGCGGUCCGCCGACACGGGCCUGCGGCCGCCGAACCAGCGCAAGGUGGCCAAGGCCAUCCGGCGUGCCAUCGGCCUCGGCCUGCACCCCAGCGUGCACCGACACCCCGAGCUUCUCAUCCGGGAGAACACCCGCAUCUACGCGCAGAACAUUGCCACGAUCAAGAAGGAUCUCAAGUACUGA